UCCAAACCUCCACUCUGCUUUCCCUUCUCAAGUCCACCAUCCUCCUGCAACGUGUUGCUAGAGAUCAGAGCUUUGUUCUAAAACUUUGGAAACUUUGCAAUGGCAACUCAAGAAUAAACCCAGGGAAAGUCACUAAACAAUGUGACUUUGGAUGCAUCUCAUGCAUACACCGGUCCAGUUCAGAUGAGAGUAACUUCAAGAAGUUUACAUGCAGGAAUAAUACUGUGUUUGCAUGGAUGAGGAGUGCAGGAAUGAAGGUGAUGUGGCGCUGAUGCUGUGAUUAAACAGCUGAAACACAUUAGACGUCUAUCAGUGGUGUUUAUAAUGGCUUUAAGAGUGUGGUUGAAGUUCAGACUAAAAUGUCAGUUUGUGGUGGUCUUCAUGUUUCUCUUCAGUCUAUCGGUGGUGAUGAUAUACACCCUUCCUUCCUUCCCAUCUGAGCAGAGCAGGCUGAACGUAAGGGGCCCCCGCAAAAACAAACCCAGCAGGCUGGUUGAGAAGUUGUCUCUAAAACAUUAUCUUCCAAUGUCUUCAUAUGAACACAGCAAAACCUUGAAAAAUCCUGAAAUGAAAGAUUCUGCUAAACAUCUUCUGAUGGUUAACCAUCACCAACUAUCAUUUUCCUCUGGAAAAACAGCAUCCACUGAAAAGCCUGCAAAAAGUAAAGCAAACAAAAAGGAACAAUAUCUGCAGAACAUAAACAAGCAUCCAGUCACAGCAUUUGCAGCUGGUGCCAAAAGAGGGCGAGCCGUUAAACUAGGAAAUAGCAUCAACUCCAACCCAACCAUCCAUCUUCUUCGCUCCAGACAUGACCUAGCAUUCCCUCAGUCUGCCAGCAUCCAAAGCCUCCACCCAAACAACAAGACAUGCAGGCACAAAUGUACUCCAGAUGAAGCCAAAGCAAAGAGGCUUGUGGGGCAGUUCUCUGAUGCACAGCAGGUGGUAAAACUGAAACAGGCCCCUGGAGAAGCAGGAACACAUGAAAGACAAGCAGGGCCCUCUGAGAGGAAGAGGCCCAAAUUUGGAGCAGAAACGAAAGACAGAAUUCCAGAAGAGACUGGUAUCAAGGUUUCAGCCAAUGACUGGUGUAUGACAGUAUCUGAUGAGACUUUCAAUGAUAACUGGAACCAAACCAAAGCAGAGUCUCUACCCUGGCUCAGUGAGGAUGAUAUAAAAAAGAUGGCCCUUCUCUCCAGAGGCACUGUGUUGAGUAAAUCCAGGCUUCCGGGCCAUGGACAAGUGCUUCAGAUUGAAUUUAGUGAGAAAAAAGACAUCUUUGCUCCUGCAGAGGACAAUCAUAUCACACGCUGUGAGACAGGAAGCUGUGCUCUCAUAAAACGUCCCAAUGACUGGUUUGAGGUAUUUGCCUUUCACCUGGACAGGGUUCUGGGUCUGGACAGGAGCUUGCCCGCAGUUUUGAGAACAUUCCACAGUGAGAUUCUACCCUACAAGUACAUCAAUGGAUCUCCCAGACCAGUGAUAUGGUGGGAUCCCAGCAUCCAACAUCUGUCUGAUGCUGACAAUGACCAAAACUCUUUCUCACUCACUUGGCCACAAUAUCAGAUUCUACUUCAGAGCAGGUGUGGUACUCGGGUGCCACUGAACUUUACAACCUGUGUGGGAGUUCAUCAUUCAGAGUGGGGGCGGCUCGCCUUGUUUGACUUCCUGCUGCAGGUGAAUGACAGACUAGACCGGUCUUGCUGUGGUUUCAGACCAGACUCAUCAGAACUCUGUGUAGAAAACCUGCUGCAUGUCAAAUGUGGAAACCCAAAGGACAUAAAUCUGGUGCACAUCCUGGUGCGGAAGACAGAACCAUCCAAAUUGGUUUUUAUUGACAAUGCAGGAAGACCUCAUCAACCACAAGACAACCUCAACUUCAGACUGGUUGAAGGGAUUGAUGAGUUUCCAGAGCGGGCCGUUUCAGUGCUGCAAUCAGGAUGUCUGGAGAAGAUGCUCCUUCGCUCCCUGUCUGUAGAUCGGGAAUUCUGGGUGAGCAGAAGAGAGGCGUCCGGACUCAAAUCUAUCAUUCGGCACAUAGAACAAAGAGCCAAGGCCCUCCUCAAGCACAUACAAGAAAAUAAACUGCACCUUAACAGAGAUCUAUGACUCUCCAAUGAAGAGAUUCCCUUACAUAAAAAAAAAAAAAAAAAAACUGAAUUCUCAGAAUUCUCUUGCUUUGAUUUUAAUUGUCCAGACUCAUUUAUGUCAGUGUCUGAAAGUCUGUUUUGUUGUGCUAGUUAGAAAGUCAUGCACAAUAUGCAAGACAGCUAAAAUGAGAGGAGGCAGUGCAUUUGCAUGGAUUUUUGAGUCGAUUUCUCUAAUCAGGGUUGACAAUCCUUGAACUGUGAUUAAGUGAUGCUCACAGUGUCUGAGAGAAGACAUUCCAGAUGGUCAUUUGCAAAGCAGGACUCAUGCAGAGGCCCAUCACUGUGAAGAGACUUGCAUGUCCUUACCAGACGUGAUACAAUAAGAUUUCAGCAACAAGAAAUUUGUCUUUCUAUGCUGAAUGUUAAUAUGCUGUCGACGGCCUACAGCGGUCGACAGCCAAUUAGAAGAUAUUUAAUAUUUAAUGUACAGUUACGAGGAGUGGGAUCUUGGUCUAGUGAUAUUUCAUAGUGGGUGAAUUGUCACACAAUUAGACACUAAAUAAUCAACAAAAUCUGUCACUUACUUGUUUUGUUGGACAAAACCAGCAUUUACAUGGAAGAAAUUAAGCUUUGUCAAGUCUUUCUGUGGUGCAUUCAGGAAUAAUAACUGCAGCUGUGAAUUAGAUAUGAAGCUAAGUUAAUGAAGCUUCUAAACUAUUUUUCUUGUACAGUGUCCUUGAAAUGACAAAACAAGAGAAUUGUGGUGUACAAGCUAAAUCUUUAAUGAAGGCUGCUAUACUAGAAUAGAUGCUGAGGCCUAUGAAACUGUGGUGUGGAGUGAAACUGAGCUCUCUCCAUGUAACUCCUUCUGGGCUGCUACAGGGCACUCGGUGCCCAAAGGCACAGUUAUGCAUAAAAAUUGCUGAGUCUGUAUUUGUGGUGUCAUUUGUAGAGUUGUCAUACAUGAUUCUAGACUUUCAACUGUAUCCUAUAGGCCACAUACUGCACACACACUGCAGUUAAAUAUAGUUGUCACUCUCUUCUUCUGAGAAACAAUAAUUUAGAAUUGUGGUUCUAAACCUUUUUGGCUCCAACGCCUCUAUUGUCAGUAACAAUGUUCAAAGGCCCCAUGAAUUCUGCAGUUUGUGAUUUACAGGACAAGAAUAAAGAUUUCUUUCUUUCUUUUAAAUAUGUUUUGAUACCUGGUUUCUACCCAAUUUUUAUCAAAUCAUCUACCUGAUUUAUUUAAUUUUUACCCAAUAUUUUUCUCUUAAUUUCAGAGCUCUGCAUAACUAGAAUAUAUUCAUGUAAAAUGCCCAUGCAUGCAAUAUUCAUUUUAAUAAUUGACAUGACUUUUCCAGUAAAUCAGGCUACCUUAUAUAUCCAGGUUUAUCUAGAUAGUGGGAAUUUUUUUUUUUUUUCAGAAAAAAAUAAAUAAAUAAUAAAAUAAAUUUCCUAG